AUGGAAUUGUGUGCAACAUAUGGGUUCCUUCCCUUUAGGUGCUACUUUUGACAAAACAUCUCCAACAUGGACUGCUUUAGCCAAGAUUGCAGGAUUAUGUAACCGGGCUGUAUUUCAGGCUAACCAAGAAAAUGUUCCUAUUUUGAAGAGAGCAGUGGCAGGAGAUGCUUCUGAAUCUGCACUCCUAAAAUGCAUUGAACUUUGCUGUGGAUCUGUCAAGGAACUGAGGGAGAAGAACCCCAAAAUAGUGGAGAUCCCAUUCAACUCUACCAAUAAAUACCAACUGUCAAUUCACAAGAAUCCAAACACGUCAGAAUCACGAUAUCUGUUGGUGAUGAAAGGUGCACCGGAGAGGAUUCUCGACCGUUGCAGUUCCAUCUUGAUGCAUGGAAAAGAACUUCCCUUGGAUGAGGAGUCCAAAGAUGCAUUUCAGAAUGCCUAUCUUGAAUUGGGAGGCUUGGGGGAGAGAGUUCUGGGCUUCUGUCACUUGGCUCUUCCUGAUGAACAGUUUCCUGAAGGCUUCCAAUUUGAUUCAGAUGAAGUGAACUUCCCUGUAGAGAAUCUGUGUUUUGUUGGUUUAAUUUCUAUGAUUGAUCCUCCUCGUGCUGCUGUGCCUGAUGCUGUUGGCAAAUGCAGAAGUGCUGGAAUAAAGGUCAUUAUGGUGACAGGAGACCACCCCAUCACAGCGAAAGCUAUUGCCAAGGGUGUGGGCAUCAUCUCUGAGGGAAAUGAGACUGUGGAGGAUAUUGCUCUUCGCCUCAACAUCCCUGUCAACCAGGUCAACCCCAGAGAUGCGAAAGCCUGUGUGAUUCAUGGAUCGGACUUGAAGGAUAUGACCAAUGAACAACUAGAUGAUAUUCUAAAACACCAUACAGAAAUAGUCUUUGCUAGAACGUCUCCACAACAGAAGCUUAUUAUUGUAGAAGGUUGCCAACGGCAGGGUGCUAUUGUAGCUGUCACUGGAGAUGGUGUGAAUGAUUCCCCUGCUUUGAAAAAGGCAGACAUUGGUGUUGCUAUGGGCAUUGCUGGGUCAGAUGUCUCUAAACAGGCAGCUGACAUGAUUCUACUGGAUGACAACUUUGCUUCUAUUGUUACUGGAGUUGAAGAAGGUCGCCUGAUUUUUGAUAAUCUGAAGAAAUCAAUUGCUUAUACUUUGACCAGUAACAUUCCUGAGAUUACGCCUUUCCUUAUCUUCAUAAUUGCCAACAUCCCCCUACCGCUGGGGACAGUCACCAUCUUAUGCAUUGACUUAGGCACCGAUAUGGUUCCUGCAAUAUCUCUGGCAUAUGAGCAAGCGGAAAGUGACAUCAUGAAGAGGCAGCCCAGAAACCCCAAGACAGACAAACUGGUAAACGAAAGGCUGAUUAGCAUGGCUUAUGGCCAAAUUGGGAUGAUCCAAGCCUUGGGUGGCUUCUUCACAUACUUUGUAAUCCUCGCAGAGAAUGGCUUCUUGCCAUACACUUUACUGGGGAUUAGAAUGAAGUGGGAUGAUCGAUGGGUAAAUGAUGUGGAGGACAGCUAUGGACAGCAGUGGACUUAUGAGCAAAGGAAAAUUGUAGAAUUCACUUGCCACACAGCAUUCUUUGUCAGCAUUGUAGUGGUACAAUGGGCAGACUUGGUUAUCUGCAAGACCAGAAGGAAUUCUGUCUUCCAGCAAGGAAUGAAGAACAAGAUCCUAAUAUUUGGUCUCUUUGAAGAAACUGCUCUUGCUGCCUUCCUCUCUUAUUGUCCAGGAAUGGGUGUUGCCUUGAAAAUGUACCCAUUGAAACCUUCAUGGUGGUUUUGUGCUUUCCCGUAUUCUCUUCUCAUCUUUGUCUAUGAUGAAGUAAGAAAACUAAUCCUCAGACGCAGCCCUGGAGGCUGGGUGGAAAAAGAAACCUAUUACUAAAGGACUGCUGGACCAGAGGUAGUUGCACUCUUGGCCUCCUUCCAUUCUUUUGCACCUGAAAUGCAGGAAGAGGGAAUCUUUGGAGGAUGAAAGCAACUGAGAGUGAAGAAGAAUAAUGCAAUGGAAAAGAUGGGUAGUGUUAAUAUAGUCCAGGCUUUGGGUGGAAAAAAAUCUACAGAGUCACAACAAGAACAAGGAAAAAUAGCCACAUGCUGUAUAGCUCCACAGGUUUAAGUGGAGUGGUAUUGUUGCUUAUAAAAUGAGUAAUAAAAAGUAUAUUAAAAUUCACUUCUA